AGUCUACUUGGGUUAGAUGAAUGUCAUUUACUAAAAAAAAAUUUCAAUUUCUUUUAAAUUGGAUGUUGACCGCCAUAUAUCUCUUUUCAUUCAAUAUCUUAUUGUCAAAUUACUAACAAAAUUGCUAACAAAAAAUUAAUUUUAGAGUAAUAAUACUAACAAAACACCAUUACGGCCCACAUAAUACACGUCCAUAUGCCAGCCCAUCUCCACCCGCAACAAGCCGCGACAUUCCCACCUAGUAAUCAUGAAAUUUGAAAGUUUGAAAAAUCACUUAUCACUAUACCGUAAUAUACUAAUAUAUUGUGAGGCAAACCUGUUGGGUAUAUGGCUCGGGUCUAGUCGCGCCAGGGAAGCAUCCCGGCACCGCCCCAGAAGGGUCAGGCAUUCCAAUACUACCACAACCAAGGCGCCCGCAAGAGGAUCACGCUCGCGCGGACGAAAACCCCAUACUUCGAACAACGACGUUUCAAUUAGGCCAUGACCAGACCAAGAAACCAGAAAAACAACGCCGUGUUUACCGAAGAGUAGUCACAUCAUUGUCCUAGGUAUAAUCAUAGUCAAAUCUUCUAGUCCUAGGUAGAGGCAUGGCCUAAAAUUCUGACAUGUCAGUAAUCAUGUCAUAUUGGAUAACUCACCCACCACCAUGUAGCCUAUAAAUAUGGCAUUUACUCCGGUGGGUGAGGGGAUCCCAUUUUUCACUCUCUCACUCUAUCUACUAAGAACUUUAUCUCUCUAAGAAUUCUCUCUGCCCAAUCUCCCCUGCUAAUUACUCUAAGAAUCUCUUCUGCCCUAACUUCCCCGUUGCUUACUCUACUCACCCACCUUUCAUCCGAGUCUCCCUCCUACUCUCAGUUAGACUUAAACAAUUGGCGCCCACCGUGGGGCCGAGUAGAAAAAGCAGUUGAAAAUCAACCGAUGGCAGAACACAACCCCAACUCACCUGACGAGGCGACGCCAAUCAAGCCAAUCAAGGCAAUCAAGGAAACCAGCAACCUAAACGAGGUACUCAUUGAAGAAGAAUAGCCCGAGCUAACAGCCAAAGAAAUGAGGCAGCAAAUGGCGAAGCAAAACGAAGUCAUAGCCGAUAUGCAAAGAAAAAUGAACCAAGUCAUUGCGCUCAUGAUGAGCAAAGAGGCCGCGCCAGCAGCACACGUGGAACCAAUCGCGCCACGACAGGUGGCAGGUGAAGCGCCAGUGCCCGUCCCAGCACCAGAACUUGUCACGCUGCCACCAGCUGACGCACCACCCGCACGAGAAGUGCAACAAGCGGAGCCACGGGACAGGGAAAACCUGGGCUUCUUGGAGCAACAUCUAUCUCCGCAGUACCGCCCUCACCCACCCAGAAGAAUCCUCCAUCAACCGUUGAGCAAGGAAAUCAUGGCGGAACACCUAAGCGGAAUGCCACCCGCCCUCCCAACAUAUAACGAGACUAGUGACCCGGAGGACCAUGUUAGCACAUUCUGCCUCAGGAUGCAACUCCAGACAAAUUCCAAUGUGGCGCUAUGCAUAACCUUUCCAUCAACAUUCUCCGGCAUAUGCCUCGAUUGGUACAACAGACUUCCUAACGGGAUCAUCUGCUCAUUCGAAGAGUUCAUACUCUUAUUCACCAUUAAGUUCACGUAGCAAAAAAGAAGGCCACUCCACCUCAAGGCCUUGACCGACAUCCGACAAAAAGAUGGGGAAAGCUUACGAGCAUUCUACGCCAGGUGGUCCAGGAUGGCGAUGGCUGUGCGGGACCUUACCCCCUAAACCGCCGCUCAUCACCUCAUGGACGCCACCACCAACAUGGAACUCAAGCGGGCGCUAGCAAAAAGACCAGUCACACUUUCGACGGAACUAGAGGUCAAAAUCGAGAAAGCCAUCACACUGGAGGAAACCUUGGGCGCAGGUUCUAUCACGCGCUUCGAACCCUCAAAGCCGCCUAGAGAAGAUCAGGGGCGGAAGCAACUCCCAUUUUCGCGGGAGCAGUUGGUACAGUCACAUAGCGGGCCCAAGCCCGCCCCACCAGAACACACUGCGCGCAGGCGUUCACCAGACAGACGCCCACAAAAUGUCAUGCCCGCCUACACACCACUCAACGACUCCGUAAAAAAUUUGUUUCAUGUGC